AUGGUACACUUGUUUUUAAACUGCCCCAGAGCUACUGAAUUUUGGAGUAAUAUUGAGUUUCAACCCAAGUAUAACCAUCUCCACUCUGAUGUUGAAAAUUGGUUCCUAGAUAACUUGAAUGAUACUGGGCUAUCCCAGGUUUUGAACACUACAAACCAAACAGUUUUCAUCUUUUGCCUUUGGAGAAUAUGGAAUAGAAGGAACUUAUGGAUUUUUCAAAAAGAAAACACAAGUAUUCAGUCUUGGUGUCACCAAACUCUAUGGUUAGCAAAAGAGCAUGGAAAUAUAGAGAGUAAAGGAACACAACAGAUUAAGCCAGUGCAUUUGGACCCCCCUAGUCCCUCAAAUUACUUUGUUAAAUGCGAUGCAUCUUUCUGUUCCUCCACUCUCCUUGCCUCCUAUGCAGCAAUUUGCAGGAAUGAAGAUCACACAUUCAUGGCUGGAAUAGCUGGAACCUUCACCAGUACCUCAGCUGCUGCUGCAGAAACUCAAUCUAUCCUUAUAGCUAGCUCAUGGGUCAUCAUCAAAGCAUGGCAGAAUGUGACUAUAUUUACAGAUUGCAAAUCAGCAGCAGAACACCUAAACAAUGACAACCCUCCAAUUUCUUGGCUGUCUAACCUAUAUGCUAAAUGCAGGGAGUUGCAAAGAACCCACGGGAGCCUCUGGGUGAAAUUCAGAAGAAGGGAGCACAUCAUGGAAGCAGACUACGUGGCAAGGAAGGCCAAGGACAGGCUGAGUCUGUUGGAUCAAGGCAGUGAUUUAGAACCCCCCCCUGUUUAA